AUGGCAGAGCCAACCCCAACAGAAGCACAAUCUCAGCCUUCGCAGACCGAAGCCCAAAUCCCAACAGCAGUUAUCCUCCGCGCGCCAUCUGUCCACAACAAAGUGCCACCCACACAAACACACUCAGGAGCAGCAGGAGUAGAAGCACAGCAGAAACAAACCUCGUCGCGGCAGUGGCAGGCCCCUCCCCUACAAUGGCUUGAACGCACCUGGACCGUAACACACUCCACCCUCCCCAUGUGGCGCAAAGCAAAGAACGUCCGCAUAACGUACAAACUCCUCCCCCGCGCCACGCCCACCUCACCCCUCCUCAUCGACGACGAAGUCUGCAGCGAGCCAACGGAAAAGACAUGGAUGCCGCAGCCGAAGAGUAUACGCGGGGUAGAUACGCCUGAUGAUAGUGUUUCCGGUGGGGCGGCGUGGAAUUGGCGGGGGAGGGGCUGGUUGAAGGUUGCGAGUAGUCAUUGGGAGAUUUUGGGGUGGGGGGAAUUUGUGGAUGGGGAGGGAAGGAAGGAGGCUUGGGUGGUGACGUGGUUUGAGAAGAGUAUGUUUACGCCGCCGGGGGUGGAUGUUUAUAGUGAGAGGAAGGACGGGGUCGGUGGGAAGUUGUUGGAGGAGAUUAGGAGGGUGAUUGCGGAGGGGGCGGCGGGUGAGGAGGUGAGGAAAUUGUGUGAGGGUGAGGAGUUGAGGGGAGUGAUGAUUGAUGAUGCUUGA